GCUCAGUGUCCGACAUAGUUGGCGAUGACGCUGAGAUCGACGAUGAGUGUUCGAAAUGCGAUGAGAAUGCUGGAUGCAUAUACAAAGAAGGGGCUUACAAAUGUCAAUGUGACGCAGGUUACGAAGGAGACGGAUACAGUUGCACAGGUAUAUUGGGUCUGAAUUAGGAACUGUAUACGAAUUUGAAUUAGUCAUCUUAUGGAAGCAGUGCAACACCUCAACCUGUGGUCCCCAACGACGACGGCUAAUUCAUGCAAUCAUAAUCGUAAUUUGAGAAGAAAUGAAUUAUUAAAAGCGACGCGAAAGUAAAAGUUGUUUUCUACCUUGCGUUUUUGCAACGGCAAACAAGACGUCCUCGACAUUGAUCAAAUUUAGCGAGAAUUUUCCCAUCCAUUCGUUCGGGCUUGUACUUCAAGGUUUUCAAAUGUUUUCACACCGAUUUUAAACAACAAAAAAAAAAUUUAAAGUAACAAUGGAUUAACACAAUGCGUAAUAGUGUUUUUAUUGUUAGUAUUUUUCAACAUUAAUCUUUUAUUUUGAUGUCACAUAAAUCAGAGACAUUUACACGCUCGCGGAAAUUGUACUCAUGUGAAAUCGAUUGUUUUUGACGUCAGCACCAUCCUGGCCGCGCAGAUUUCGUAGCGUGAUGAUUUCCUCGUGUUUUCUUCCUUGAAUUUAAACUUUGUAUUUUUGUUAUACAAGAGGAGUGGAGCAAAUUUUUCGAAAUUCUACAAAUAAUUUUCUCUGCAAUCGUCGUUCACGAAUAUCUGGAAAACUUAUUUGUAAACCUCCCUACAAAUUUUGACGUUUUUUCCAUCAUGAACCAUAAAAAUUCACCGAAGGGGAGUAAAGAUACUAACUGUUAAAAUUUAUUGUGAAAUUAGCCUGCGUAGUGGCUCUCAGAGAGAGGAGAGAAGAGCCUGGACGAGAUCUACUGUUUUGCCACUUCCGCCCACUUAGCAUGCGGGCUACGCCCACUUUCAACGGAUGUUAAAAUUGGCCAAUCACACCAAUUGUUUACGUUUACAAAUUACUUGUCAAAAUGAAGUAAUACAGAUUGCUUUAUGUUUGCAAAUUUCAAAACGAAAUAAUAUACGGAUGUAGGGCAAUCUCUAUCGUCGUCACAAAUAUAAUGAAGGAAAGAAAUGUGCCUGAAGCCAUCACGCCAGAGAGAGCAAGUCCUGUUCAUAAGACAUAAGCAGUGGCGGAAAUUCACUUUUCCGGUGGGCGUGGGGCAAAACCUCCUACAUUUCCGACAAAACUUUCAAAUUUCCGACAAAUCCCCCCCCCCCAAUUGCAUUCGAAAAGGCUGUUUUUAGCCCUCAAAAUUGCCGAAAAUUCAUCAAUUUCCGUAAAGGAGGGGGGUAGGGGCGGUCGCCCCCCUGUCUCACCGAGAUUUCCGCCACUGGACAUAAGCAUUUACAGCAAUUCUCUCCUGGCACAAAAUUAUUAGGUACAAAAUCAUGAAGAAAACUGAAAUCUAUUUGUCGUCGAUGAAAGCGAACACCCUCGUGAAGACGCUGCUAACAGACAGCAAUCCAACGAAGACACCACAGCCAAUAUCUCUAGAGCUUCAUGAACAAAGUUCGUAAACACCUGUUUUGUGUAACUGUAAAUCGUGGCCCUAAAGCUCUUUAGAAGAAACACCUCUCAAUACUGUAAUUAUGCAUCCGCCGUGUUUGUACGUUACAAUCUCGUACCCAGAGCCCUUUUUACGCGCGGUGCGACGAGGGGCUCUUGCCAAAUCCAUAUCCGAACUGGCAUCUAAUUGGCUAGUUCUAGCACAAGAUAUUGUUUUCUUACCAUGUUUUCAUGGUAUCCGGUUAUGGAUUUGGCCAGAGCCCCUCGUCGCGCCGCGCGUAAGAAAGGCUCUGGGUACGAGAAUGGUACGUUGAUAAUUUUAGCAUCAAUUAGCUUCAAAGCAUUGGGUUUCGUGUAGGGCCGUAGGCUGUCCUUUCCGAUCUCUGAUAGCUGCUGCGCAGACUAUUGUGAAAUUAGACAAAAGUGCAAUAAACGUCAUGGUUGCCGCGACCACACUAACAAUGUUUUUAUUUGUUCAUAAAUGGACAGUACAUAUAGGUUCUGAACUUUCCUGAAAAGGAUCAUAUUCGGUGCUGUUUUUCUAUAUUUUUUCUUUUAUAUUAUAAAGUUGUUUCCUUUAAACCUGCCAUUUGCUGGAAACACGGCCCAAGGCGGUGCCAUGUUAUUUUCGUAGUUCUUCCACAUAUUGCAUUCGCUGGUAUCACAGGGAACAAACAUUUGUCCUUUUCUUUACCUGGAAAUGAUAAAUGACUAGUGACCUAAUGAAAUUUGCGGGCAAUACUUCAGUUUCCAAAGUUAUCGCAAAAUGCUGUUAGCUUCCUGCCAGAUAAAGUAAACGGAGUUCAGAAAUGUUUAAAUGAUAAUAAAUUUCAACUUAACCUUGGUAAAUGCAAAGAACUAAGGAUAAAUUUUACUCCCUACCAUUUACGGAUGAACCCCUAAAUAUAAACCGGGAGCCAGUUGAAAUUGUAAAAUCCUCGAAAGUAUUGUGUAUGACACUGAGAGUAACUUAUACAAGUGACUUGAAGUGGAAUAAGCACGUAUACUAAUUAUUAAUUAAUUUAAGCAAUAUCGUGGAAAAUUAAGGUUUCUAAAUUCGACUUUUAAUAUUUAUUAUUAAAAAAAUCAUUAUGCUUCUUUUAUUAUACUUAUGCUUCUUUUAUUAUAUAUAUGCUUCUUUUAUUAUAUUUAUUAUUAGCAUGACAAAAUUACUGGAUGCUGAUUGGUUGAGAGGAGUAUAAUUAUUUCAUUAAUUGUACUGCAGUACAAUUAAUGAUUUUCACCAAACAAACAACAUGGCGGAAAGGUAUUUAACAAAAUACAAAUGUGAAAUGAAUUUUCCUAGAGGAACUAGAUGAAAAUACGAACAAAAGCACCAAAUGUUGCUUUAACAAAAGAACUAAAUGAAAAUACGAACAAAAGCACCAAAUUUUGGUUGAAACGUCUUUUCAACGACCACAAAGCAAACCACCUGCUCGUAUUGACGAUGGUUAUUAAAGGUACAACCAUAUCGUUUCAAUGUUCAGUAUCAACCGGUUCUGACAAUCCAGCCGACUUUAUGUCCGCCAUCCGUUGCCAUCAUCACCUACCAGCCAUGAGGAGAGAUGCGCUGAAGAAUAUGUUAAUUUCGUUUCAAUGCAUGCUGUUCCAAGGCCCUUACGCUGGAAGAAAUCAAAGAAGCCACAAAAGCGAUACCACAUUCAAGCUGUCAUUCAAGCAAUUCAAACCAAACAGUGGCAUAAUGCGAAACUCCAACCUCUGUUGAUCGAAGUCGGUAGAAUGUUUUUUUCACAUCCAAAACGAACUGUCAGUUAACAGUGAUCAAAGUCUCCUCCUACGUGGUACCCGUAUAGUCAUACCAAGUAAACUUCAAACCAUGUGAUAGACCUCGCACACGAAGGCCAUCAAGGCAUAUCACGGAAAAAAACUCUUACGUGAGAAGGUCUGGUUUCCGACCAUUGAUAAACAAGUGGAAGAAAAGGUUAGCUGUGCUUAGCUUGCCAAGUCACAACAAACACAAGCAACAUUGAACCAUUACGUAUGCCUGAAGCUAGCAAGAAUCCAUGGGAAAGUGUAUCAAUUGAUUUUUGCGGCCCGUUUCCCAGUGGUGAGUACUUACUUGUACUGAUUGAUGACUACUCACGAUACCCCGAAGUAGAUAUUAUUAGAACAUAGCCCAUACAACUGUUAUUCCCUGUCUUGACAAAAUCUUUGCUACUCACGAAUUCCCAGAACAGUUAAAUCGGACAAUGGCGCCCCAUUUAAUAGUACAGAAUUCAAACAGUUUGCUAAUUAUCUUGGUUUCCAACAUCAGCGUAUAACGCCCUAUUGGCCUCAGGCAAACGGAGAAGCCGAACGAUUUAGAGAACAUUAAAGAAAACAGCUAGAACUGCCAAAGUUGAAGGCAGGUCUUGGAAACAAACUGUUUACCUUCCUCAGAAACUACCGAGCUACGCCCAUAGUGUAACCCACCAGGCUCCUGCAACUUCUAUUCAAUCGUGCCAUAAAUGUCAAGUUACCCCAGUCACAAACUGUAGCACCAGCUGACCCAAACCAUCAACAAGCACUUGAUGCAUCUGUAAGUCAAGACAAAAGAACAAGGUCCACUUUGACAACGAAACAAAGCCAAAUCCUCUGAAUUAAAGUCGGUGAUGCAGUCCUGCUGAGAAACUCAAAGAAAGGUAAAUUGCAGACCCCUUAUGAACAUCAGAAAUACCAAAUUGUUAAGAAGAAAGGAUCAAUGAUUACAGCGUCAAAUGACAAUCGCCAAGUCACUCGGAACUCGUCACAUUUUAAAAAGUUUAAAGAAAAGAAAGGUGAAACAGAUAACCCAGCAGAUAAAGAAGAACAGCCGAGCAAGCAGAACACCAAUGAACGCCCGAAAAGGAAAACAAAACCACCAGCCUACUUUGGCUAUAAACAGUCAGAUAAGUAA